CCAGAUACCCCAACUUGUCAUGGACAAUAUACUCUCGGACAAUAUACAACUUAAUCGGCAUGGGUGUAGUCAUACCAAAAGUUGUAUUCUUUAAUACGGAGACCUUCUUUGAAGAGAUCCAUCACAUUCAAGAGCUGCAUUUACAUGAUGCUUCUAUUCAGACGUCAUAACUUUUUACUCGUAAUGAGUUACGAGACCCAUAAUAUAUCAAAUCGAAGGUAUUUCAGAGCUCUAUAUUCUUGAGGGGUCGGCUGACCACCCUGACCCCCUUAGCUCCGCCCCUGGACAUAGGAGUACAAGGUUAUUUGCAUCAUAGUCACAUGGUUCGCGGUACGGUUCGAAACGGGAACGAGGAACGAGAACGCGGUUUGCUAGAUCUAGCGUGUUGGUUCAGACUAGGUUGACAGGUUCUCUUCUUAGUUGAACCAGCGGCUCCACUGUUCUGUAUCCAGCCGUCCUGGUUGUAUCAAAACUUUUGGAUCACGGUUGGCAGCUUCCAACAGGGAACAUUAGGUGCUUGAGAAUGGAUGUUGCAUGGGAUGCUAAACAAACCCUUGUCAGUUAUCUAGAUUUACCUCUGUGUACUCUAGUCAUUCUAAAUGCUUCUCCAACCAUUGACACUGAUCAUAAGUUGUGAUUAUCCGCAAGUGGUUGUAUCAAAACUUUUGGAUCACGGUUGGCAGCUUCCAACAGGGAACAUUAGGUGCUUGAGAAUGGAUGUUGCAUGGGAUGCUAAACAAACCCUUCACAGUUAUCUAGAUUUACCCCUGUGUACUCUAGUCAUUCUAAAUGCUUCUCCAACCAUUGACACUUUGAUCAUAAGUUGUGAUUAUCCGCAAGUGUUUAUCAAGUUAAUCAACGUGGUGGGAGAUUCAAGUGGUGAUCCCAUCAAGUCUUUGGCCCAAAUACUUUUGGAGAGAACACCAGCUCUACAAAAAAUGGAAAUGUGGUUCAAUGUUCGAGAUAGAGAUGACUUCAUGAAAAUAAGCCAAAUCGUGCAUGCCUUCCCAAAGUCCUCAACAGAGGCUUUAAUGUUGCUUCAUUAGAUUGAUUACUUUUUGUGUGUGUGUGAGUGGAUUACUUUUAUGUUUUAAUUUUCACAUUUUACAUGGAAAUAUGUUAAGACCUGAGGUUCCAUCCUAAAAAGUCAACCAUGUUAGAAAGAGUAGUCCAUGUACUCCGUAUUAAUGUAGCACUUUAUUUAUUUAAAUCUUUUCGAUGUAAAACCUUAUAAAUCAUUCCUUAUGAGCAUACACUUUGUUUGGAUCGUGCCAUCAUUAA